CCCACUGGUUAAACGCCUAAACGGGCAUCUCAUGGACAAGACCGGGGAACUGCCUUCUUUACUCACGGAGAUACUUUCACUGACACUUCUGAACGAAAUAUGGAGUCGGUGAAACGGAUUUAUGAUCCUUUGGUUCAGUUGAAGAACAUCUUUCAUCAUAGAUUAGCGGGACAUGGCAUGCGAUUAUUCAGUCCAAAGAUAUAAUAAAGCACGUUGUACAGCAGAGCGACAGCACAGCCCGAUCGUCCCCUCCCGUUGAAUGGAGACGUGCGAUUUUGCAACUUUUAAGCAAGCGUUAUUCCCUCGCGAGCUGUGUUGUGCGCGUCGCACCGGCGAGACAGAACACGGUGGACUGUUUGGGAGACUGCUGCCGAGUUUCCGCAAUGCCUUCCCUGCACCACGGUGCCAUAUUCAUCGGUGUUUUCCUAAUAGCCACCGGCGGCUCCACCGCAUUUCUGCCUUCCAGUCAAAACAGACUCCAGGCGUUCAGCCUGUGCUGCGUGGUACUGGGCGCCGUGAUGCUGAUACUGGGACUCUUCUGGGCCAUGAAGGGAAAGAGCAGUGCGGUUUCCUACAGUAACGAGUACACUCACGACUAUAAUCAUGCCCCUUUCAGCCCGCCGGCCGGAACCCAUUUCCCAGAGUCCCAGUCCGUCUUUCUUCACAGGACUUUGGACAGACAGAGGCGAGGUCUGUAUGGUGAAGAUUUCGAUUACCCUCCCAUGGAGUCCACAUGUUUCAGCCCGUCGGGUCGAGCGCAGCCCGUCCACUGGGAGAUGGAGCCGCCGCCCCCAUAUGAAGUGGCCAUCAAAACCACGUGCAGCUCCACGCACCUAAGACGCAGCUACUCGGACACACUGCUGUCCACCGAGCCUCUGUUCACUCGCUCCCGUGAGAUCAGCUUUGAGGUGUAA